AUGAGAUUCGGUAAAAAGGGGAAGUUAAGUCCCCGAUAUGUUGUUCCUUAUGAGGUUUUACAAUGGGUUGGAAAGGUUUCCUACGAGCUGAAACUACCUAGUGAGCUAUCUUUGGUUCAUCCGGUAUUUCAUGUUUGUAUGCUCAAGAAAUGCAUAGGCGACCCGGUGUUUUUUCUACCUAUGGAAGGUUUAGGGUUGGAUGAGAACCUCUCCGAUGAAGAGGUUCCGGUUGAGAUCCUAGAUCGCCAAGUCAAGAAGUUGAGAACCAACGAGGUUGCCUCCAUGAAAGUCAUAUGGAGGAACCAUCUAGUUGAGGGUGCACCAUGGGAGGCCGAAGCUGACAUGAAGUCCCGCUACCCUCAUCUUUUUACUCCUUGA